GUUUUAAAACGCCAUCCAUGAUCAGGUCUGUGGACGUGACCCGUGAUGACGGCCAACCAGUACAAGCAGAUGCGGGUACCGGCCACCCAUGUCGUGUUCUGGAUCAGAGCACCAUACACCCAUAUAUAUGCGCACGUGUAAUACUGGUACGGACACACGUGUGACAUAAAUGCAACGUUCGGACACGGGUUUUUGCCAACCCGGUUCAGUUCGCACAUCGGUGCAAAUAAAUGAACCAAAAUUUGCUGGUCUGUCAUUCGUAAUGUACUUGCAAACAGCCUUAACGGCAAUGGUUUAACGUGUUCAUGGUGUUAGUAAUUUAAACCAUGGCAUAACCCUUUCAGUUUGUGUCGGUCGUUUGUAAAUGUGGCUGAAUCAGUUUCACCGUGACCAUGAAUCCGGUAUAUGCGAUAAUUCUUGUCUUUGUUGGCUGCUGUUCGAAUGUCGUGUUUUUAGAGUUAAUUGUAAGUGAGCAUCCUGGAAGUGGCAACAUCAUCACCUUUGCACAGUUCCUUUUCAUUGCUGUAGAGGGUUUCUUUUUUGCAACACGCUGUGGAACAAAAACACCUGUCAUACCUAUAAAGCACUAUGUUGUGAUGGUCUUCUUUUUCUUCACAACAAGUGUUGUCAACAAUUAUUCACUUAUUUUCAAGAUUCCUCUACCAUUACACAUGAUCUUCAGAAGUGGGUCUCUGGUUGCCAACAUGGUGCUUGGAGUUAUCCUCCUUAAGAAGAAAUAUCCAGCUUACAAGUAUUUAUCGAUUUUGAUGAUUACUGUUGGUAUAUGCACAUGCACAAUUAUGUCAGCAAAGACAGGGAAUAAAAAACAGGGAAACGAAGCCACAGAGUUAGAAGGACCAAUGACUGCUUAUGACGUCGGAAUGUUGACAGUUGGUAUUUUAAUGUUAACCUUGGCUCUCUUCAUGUCUGCUCGGAUGGGUAUCUAUCAAGAAACACUCUAUCAGGAAUAUGGCAAGCAUCCAAGGGAGGCAUUGUUCUAUUCUCAUGCACUGCCCCUUAUAGGUUUUGCAGUGCUAGGAAAGGACAUCUACAAUUAUGCAGUGAUAUUUUCAAACUCAGAACCGCUUGGAGUACCUGUCAUAGGUGUAAUGGCACCAAAGAUGUGGCUGUAUUUGACAGGAAACAUAAUAACACAAUAUGUGUGCAUUCGUGGUGUCUUCAUACUGACAACAGAGUGUCCAUCCCUUAUCGUCACUCUUGUUGUCACUCUACGCAAGUUCUUCAGUCUGGUCUUCUCCAUCUUGUACUUCAAGAACCCCUUCACUUUCUACCACUGGAUGGGCACAGGGUGUGUAUUUGCUGGCACUCUGCUGUUCACCAGUGUCUUCCACAUGGCUUGGGAUGUACUAUUCCCUCCGAGCAAGGCCAAGAAAGUAGAAUGAAGAAUCUUGGAUAAUUCAGAGACUCUUUGUGCAGUUUCAAAAUGCAUGCUUUGAUUAUUGACAUGUCUAUUGACAUAUUUAACAUAAGGUUUCAUGUUUUGAUUUCAUGCUCCCGGUGUUUCUGUAACCUACAGUGAGUUUACAACUUGUUUAUUUAUGCGUCCAUUCUUCAUGCUCCAGUGUAUGUACACAGGAGCUUAGUACUAUCUUACCAAUGUGUCUUAAUGGAUUGAGACUUAAGUGUCUUGGAGUGGUCGUAAUUAUGUUUGUGUUUCUUGGUUAUACACUUUAAAAACAGUGCAAUUAUGCUUCUUUCCAUCUUGUGAGGCAGUUGUCCAUGGAACUUGAUAAUAAAAUUACUCUUAUGCAUUAGUAUGCAUGUAUA